GGAGCAGCGGCCCUGGGCGCUCCCCGCAGGGACCCCCGCCGGCCGGGGCCGCCGAGGUCUGUUCUGCGGCUGGCGAAGGAGUUGAGCAGCGUCCUGUGAAGGAUCGCAGCGCAGGGGAGCCCUCGGCACUAGCGCUGCACCCCGGUGGCCAUGCCCUCCCUGCAAGCCCCGGGCUGCGUGCGCGUGGACCGUGCGCUUCAGCAGCACGCUUGGAGAGGGAGGGAGAGGCAGAGGAAGAGAGAGAGAAUCUCAAGCAGGCUCCCACCCUGUGCGGAACCUGACAGGAACCCACGACCCUGAGAUCAUGACCUGAGCCGAAAUCAAGAGUCGGACGCUUAAAUCAACUGAGCCACCCAGGUAAGCCCUCGCGAUGGAGGGGCUGCUGCAUUACAUCAACCCGGCACAUGCCAUCUCUCUGCUGAGUGCGCUCAAUGAGGAGCGCCUCAAAGGACAGCUGUGUGACGUGCUUCUGAUUGUUGGAGACCAGAAGUUUCGAGCUCAUAAAAAUGUCUUGGCCGCCAGCAGUGAAUACUUCCAGAGUUUAUUCACAAACAAGGAGAAUGAGUCACAGACUGUCUUUCAGCUUGACUUUUGUGAACCCGAUGCUUUUGAUAACGUUUUGAACUACAUUUACUCUUCUUCUUUAUUUGUCGAGAAGAGCAGUCUCGCUGCCGUGCAAGAACUGGGCUACAGCCUUGGGAUUUCCUUCCUGACUAACAUCGUCUCUAAAACACCUCAGGCCCCCUUUCCAACGUGUCCCAACAGAAAAAAAAUAUUCAUAGAAGAUGAUGAAAGCAGUUCUCAGAAGAGAAGCGUCAUUGUUUGUCAAAGUAGAAACGAAGCACAGGGAAAAACUGUGAGUCAGAAUCAACCCGACCUAAGCCAUACUUCCCGGCCCUCACCUAGCGCCGCGGUCAAGACCAGCACCAGUAAGCCCCAUGUCCCCAAAGCAGCCGAGCCGCUCCACAGUCUGCCACUAGCUGACAAGAGUUGGCCGAAAGAUGGUUCGGUGGGCUAUGCCAAGCCUCUGGAGCACUCUGGGCCUCUGGAUGACCCUUCCCGAAGCAGUUUGGUGAAAAGGAGCGCGCCGCCGCCUUCCAAGCCUCCGCAGGACAGAGAGCCGAUGGACGAGAAAGCGGGUCUGAGCGGCCAGCUCCCCAAAGGCAAAGCCAUAGAGCUGGCUUUGAAGAGACCCCGGCCCCCGGUCCUGUCCCUCGGAGGCUCGACGGAGACCCCCUACGUGCUGAAGGAAACUCACCGAGGCGGCGGGCCAGGCGAGGACAGGAACUUGCUGUACUACUCGAAGCUGGGGCUGGUGGUCCCGUCCAGCGGCUCCAGCUCCGGGAAGCCGGGCAUCGACAGGAGCGGCCCGCUCGUCAAGAGCCUGCUCAGACGGUCGCUGUCCAUGGACAGCCAGGUGCCUGUCUACUCGCCCUCCAUAGAUCUGAAGCCGUCCCCGGGGCCCCCUUCGGCGGCGAGCGACGUGCCAGGGGCUGCGUUCUGCGCUGUGGCUCAGAAGGCACCUGUGAAGGAUUGCGGGGAGAAGGCGGCCCCCGAGGAGCGGAGCCCUGCACCCCAGCCACACCGCCUGAGAUCCUUCAGUGCCUCGCAGUCCACGGAGAGGGAGGGGGAGCCGGCUGUGACCGAGGUUCGCAUCAAGACGGAGCCCCGCAGCCCCCUGGCCGACCCCUCCGACAUCAUCCGUGUCACUGUGGGGGACCCGGCGGCCGCCACCAGGGACCUCCCCUUGAAAACCGAAGACGACCAGAAAGACGCGAGCAGGCUCCCGGCCAAACGGAGGCUCCGGACGGACCGCAGGCCGCCGCUGAAGAAGGUGAGGGAGGACGAGCCCGGGUCCCCAGUGUCCGCAGAGAGCUUCCAGGGGGGCCCGAGCCCCCCGCUCCCCGACGGCGAGUUUCCCGAUUCUGACUUGAAUAAAGAUGAAUUUGGUGAGUUGGAGGGAACAAGACCAAACAAAAAAUUUAAAUGCAAACAUUGCCUUAAGAUCUUUAGAUCGACAGCAGGUCUUCACCGGCACGUUAACAUGUACCAUAACCCCGAGAAGCCCUACGCUUGCGACAUCUGUCACAAGCGGUUUCACACAAACUUCAAAGUGUGGACACACUGUCAGACCCAGCACGGCAUCGUGAAGAACCCGUCACCGGCCUCUAGUUCACAUGCCGUUUUGGAUGAGAAAUUCCAAAGAAAGCUGAUUGACAUAGUGCGAGAGAGAGAGAUUAAGAAGGCCCUGAUCAUUAAGCUGCGGCGCAGCAAGCCUGGGUUCCAGGGGCAGAGUAGCUCCCAGGCCCAGGCCAUCAAGAGGAACUUGCGGUCGCGAGCCAAAGGAGCAUACAUUUGUACUUACUGUGGAAAAGCCUAUCGCUUUCUCUCGCAGUUCAAGCAGCACAUAAAAAUGCACCCGGGAGAAAAGCCCAUUGGCGUCCAUAGAGCCGCCAAGCCCAAAGAGCAUGUCGCUCUCGAGAGUCCGGUAGAGAACAAGGAGGUUUACCAGUGCCGCCUCUGUAAUGCUAAGCUCUCUUCUCUUCUAGAGCAAGGAAACCACGAGCGCUUAUGCAGGAACGCAACCGUUUGCCCCUACUGCAGCCUUAGGUUUUUCUCGCCGGAGCUCAAGCAGGAGCACGAGAGUAAGUGUGAGUACAAGAAGCUGACGUGUCUGGAUUGCAUGCGCACCUUCAAGUCCUCCUUCAGCAUCUGGCGGCACCAGGUGGAAGUCCACAAUCAGAACACCAUGGCGCCGGCUGAGAACUUCUCCCUCCCCGUCCUGGACCACAACGGUGACGUGGCAGCCGCCUCCCGGCCCCAGGCCCAGCCUGAGCCUGGCAAAGCCAACCACGCGGUGACUGCGAAAGACGACACCGCGUUCAGUGACUGUUCGGAGCACGUGAACUUUGACUCGGAAGAUUCCUCCUGUCUGCCCGAAGACCUGAGCCUCUCUAAGCAGCUGAAGAUCCACGUCAAGGAGGAGCCCGCGGAGGAGGCCGAGGAAGAGGCGCCCGAGGCCCGUGCCGCCCCCAAGGAGGCAGGCUCCAGCAAGGAUAGCAGCCUGUGGCCCUGCGAGAAAUGUGGCAAGACGUUCACGGCGCACAAGCAGCUGGAGCGGCACCAGGAGCUCCUGUGCUCCGUGAAACCUUUCAUCUGCCAUGUGUGCAACAAAGCUUUUCGCACCAACUUCCGCCUCUGGAGUCACUUCCAGUCCCACAUGUCUCAGGCUACGGAGGAGCCGGCGCAUAAAGACUCAGAGGCCUGCCCCGCGCCCACAAACUCUCCGUCCCCGCCCCCGCUGCCCCCGCCCCCGCCGCUGCCCAAGAUCCAGCCCCUGGAGCCCGACAGCCCCACGGGGUUGGCCGAGCACCCCGCUCCCGCCACGGAGAAGCUCUUUGUACCCCAGGAAUCCGACACGCUUUUUUACCAUGCCCCCCCGCUCUCUGCAAUCACAUUUAAGAGACAGUUCAUGUGCAAACUGUGCCACAGGACAUUCAAGACAGCCUUCAGCCUUUGGAGUCACGAACAGAGCCACAACUGAGAGACCGACCGUCCCUCUUCACCCGCCACGGAAGGGGAGGUGGUCUCCAGAGUUCAGCCUCAGUUGUGAAACGUCCAUAAGAAACAAAAUAUUUUUUCAAAGAGAAUAAUAAAGGUUGGAGAUUGUUCCACUUGAAUAGGAGCUUGAGGUAAAUUGAUACUAAUUAGUAACGUCCUCACUCAGCUUAGGAAACCUAAAAUUGGUUGUGCUUUGGGCCUACAGUCCUAGGAUGAUUUGACUUCAUUCAUGUUGAAAUUGGACCGAUUUUGGUUGUUUGCAUGGUUCCUCAUUCCACGGUGUCAGUAUAAUCUUUACCCAGAGGUGGUUUUGGGUUUUGGUUUGUUUUGGGGUUUUUUUUUGUUUUGUUUUUCUUUUUGUUUUUUAAUAUACUGAUUUGCAAUCAGUGAAAUACUCUUCAAGUAUUUCUUUUGAUUACAUCAGACACCUAAGUUCUAGUUCAAUCUCGGCCACGUUCUGAAGUCCACAGCGUACCCAGAGGAAGUGGAGUAGUUUGCAACAUUGAGUUAGAUCUUAGGAUACUUUAGCAAUAAAACAAUGAUAAGCCUCAACUUUAAUAAGUUAUCCUGACACUUGAUAACAAUAAAUAUUUGGUAUUUUGUGGUCUUGUAGAAAUUUUUUUGUAUGAAAAUUGUGAGAAAUUUAAAUCAGCAAUAGUAAUACUUAGAUUUUUAUAAAAUAACAAAAGCUUGCUCUUGGGUCAUUUAAUAUAAUUAAUGAUGGAAGAUUUGGGAAAUAACGUGAGGGUUUCUGGAAGGCCUCCGAGCCCAUUUACAAAAGUUUCCGUGGCGACAGGCAUCGUAAUCGAAACUGCUGUGCUGUGCACGCGUGCCUCAGGUCCCAGCCCUCCCCACCGUUGGAAGGACUGGACGUGUUUGGUCUCCUCCGAUUUAUGCUGUCACCGGUGGGAAAUCCGAGUGCAUUUGGGACAGGACACAAAGGUGGCAUUAGUGGAACAAGUAAGGUUGGGACAGACACUUAGGUACCCAGGUCCCACGCUCCCGGUCAGUACAGCCGCUGUAAGCCCCGGGUUGGCGUGGACUUCCCAGGAUGGGAAGCAGGGGAAAAACAUCGCGCCGCGGUCCCCACGCGCCCUCAAGAACAGUAUUCGCAGCGUACCAUUUCCUGCCUCUGUUUCUGUUAGAAUCUCUUGGAGUUUAUUGUGGUAAAAUGUCCUUAGUGCAAUCAUUCUGCUUUAAGUCACUGCUUUAACGUUUCAAAAACCUGUAUUAAAGCACUAUCAAGGGUCCAGAGUUCAUUUUUGCUACCUAUUUUGGCCCACGGGGUUUGGGCUGCUUUUUUUUUUUUUUUUUCUUUCUUUCUAUUUUGUAUAAGUUAUAAUAAAAAGGCUUUUGUAGGUGUCACCCGAAGCUCAGCGGGUGUUUCUAAAGGGAAAACUUCUAUUUCACUUGUGCAAACGAGGGGUUAGGUGUGAACAAGUGGAAAUAACGGUUGAAACUACAGAAUCCUUUUAAGGUAGUGCUAUGGAUGAAGAUUCCCAACUUUGUUGAUUUUUUUUUUUUACAAGCUAUUCUCUCAAAUAAAAAAGAAAAUUACUGUGACUGAGAAAUAAUUUGCUGAGUACUUAAGUGUACCGCUGCAGCAGAAAAGAGCUCGGUGCUCAUCGAUCUCGUCACCUACAUUCCGUGCCAGUGGUAGGAAAGACAUACUAACUUUUUAUUGAAACACAAGCAUUUUCAUAAAAUACUAAUUGGCUUUGUGGAUUACAGAAACUGCAUGUGAAAUUUUGCCUUUUAUUUUUCUAUUUGAAAACUAUCACAAGUCCCAAAACAUUUGAGUGGUCCCUUCCUGUUUUUGUUCUUACUUAAAUCUGAUGCAGAAAGGAAAAUAAAAUGAAGUUGCAGUAACCAGUUAUUGGCCAUCUUUAUAUUUUCUUGAAGAAAUCUAUGCAUUUUAAAGAUAGAACUAAGGUGUAUGAUGUUACCUGAAACAUCAGCGUGGAUAUAUUGCUCAUUGAAUUAAUUCCCUGUAUAAUGUGCUGUUUCUUACUCUGAACACCUUGGCAGCUGUCGCUUCCUCGAAAGACAGUCUCCCUCAGAGUAAUCCUUGCUUCUGGCUGUUAGAGUGUGUGCGGUAAUUCCACGCCACACCUUACCUUGGCAUUGUAAAUUCAGUAUCCCAGGACUUGAACCUUUAUGCUACGUUUUUGAAGAUUUUUUAAUGAUGUUAAUCAGUAAAAAAAAAAAAAAUAUUUUUGAUCUAAAUAUAGGCUCAGCGUAUCUGUUAGACUUUGAAAAUUGCCAGUGUUUUGUCUCAUUCACAUUUUUGUCUAGGCAAGGAACAUAAGAUUUCGAAUAAAAUUUUGAACCAAAAACAUUUAUAAUGCAGUUCUGGUUUUUCUAUUACUUUUUAUACUGUUACCUUCAAAGCGUCAGGCUGAGAGAGUUUAUUUUGGUGGUCAGAAAAAUAAAAUACGCUUCCAAACUCCUGUGACUAUUUUAAAUGUUAGGAAGUAAAAUAACGAAAGACACGUGAAUCGCUUCGUUUAAGAAUGAAUCUCAGACAGCGGGCGAGCAGUCUGGGACAGGUUGGUCUUUUCGUUGCUAGGACUCCAGCUGGUAAAGGUAUUCCUAAAAAUGUUUUUUUUCUGAGGAGAAUUAAUGUUUGAAAAUAUAGAAAGCUCAGUGUUCUUUGUAAGGAUUCAGGAUGCCUUUUUUUUUUUUUUAAUGCAGUCGUGGAAAGAAUGUUAAGAUGUUUUAAUAUAUUCUUUGUUAAUCUGAGAACUUGCUCUCGAAUCAUUUUCUCGAUGUGGGAGAGGGAAAGAGGAACGCCCUAAAACGCCUUUUUAUCAAGGUAGGCAAUGGAGGUUGCAGAUAGUGUGCAUUUUCUUUUAUAGUAAUCUUUCAACUUAGCAGAAUAUUCACCUUUAAAACCAGUUACGGCUAGUGUGCAUUUCCUGUUUUAUCAAAAUACACAACCACGAGUUCGACCAUGACGUGGUUUUGCAUUUGCCGGGGACACGUGCGUGGUUCUCGGUUUUCUGUUUCGGAGGGGAUCGUUAACAGCCUUUAAAAAAAAAAAAAAAAAAAGGCUCCAGCCCUUACUAAUCAGUCUUAUCCACACGCAGCACCCAUUGGCGCUGAUGAGGGUGGAGGCUGUCAGACCCGAGCAAAGCGAGCCCUUUCUUGCAGGCAGGGGGCAUCUCUCUCUGCAGACCAGCCAGCGGCCGGCCCUGGGCGGGGAGAGACAAGAGCCACGGGCCUGGAGUCGGCCUCUGUCUCUGUCUGUGUGUGUGUGUGUGUGUGUGUGUGUGUGUGUGUGUGUGUGUGUGUACGGACGUGUGUGUACAACCAGAAUCCAGAAUUAAAGGUAUCUGAAUUUUCUUACCAUGAAAAUAAUUAGAUGUCACGCAUAGCCGGUUUCUUUAUAAAUUGCACUAAUUCAUAUUGGAAUAUUACAAGUCUGUUUUUUGUCCCAUUUCUGAUCUCUCCUUGAUGUUUUUUUUGUAAUAAUUGUGAAAAGCGUCAUUAUUUAAAUAAUGCUAAUACAUUGAAUAAGUUCUUUAACACUGGCCUUUUUUUUUUAAAAAAAAAAGUUUAAAAAAUAGGGUUUUCUUUUGUGGCUUUAGCACUUUAAGAAGUUUUAUGUUUCCAUAAUUGUUAAUGUGCUUGUUCAGUGCUUCUCCCGUGUGUCCCCUCACGGGGGGGGGGGGCCACUUCCUCGCGCGGCUGGGGGGAGACUGAACGCUCGUGUUUACGUUCCAGAGGAGGAAGCAUGGUUAGUGUCAGGUUUUUAAAGGAAUUCCUUUCAGAGACCGUUGUUUGGGAACCAAAGUAUUUUACUGUAAAUCUUGAAAAUAACUCAAUUGAGUGCUCUCUAGUCAUUUAUUAGUGCUGUUCUCAAAUUCUCCACAAAGUUAUACUUGGUUAAUGUUCAUUUCCAAAAAGGGAUAAUUUCUUAAUUGACAUUAAUCCAAUACUUUCAAAGUUUUCAUUGAAUAACCCUUAUUAUGAAACAAACGUGGUUAUAAGCAAAUUGUGUAUAUUUUGUUGUCAGAUGCCUUAGCGGACUAAAUCAUUGUUCAAUUUUAUUUAGGAAUGAGCUUUUUGGAACUGAAAAACUCACGGUAAAAUAGGAUUUCUAUCUAAUGUUAAUCCAUCGCUUAUUUGUAUCCAAUUCUGUUGUCUGUUUCCUUUGCUUAAAUCUUGACUAAGAAUGAUUGGAGUCAAUAAAUUUGUACUGUAUUUUGUUUUGA